AUGUCACAAUUGUCGUUCAAAGGCCACACCGUGGUAGUCACCGGUGCUGGCGGUGGGCUGGGGAAGGCGUACUCGCUGUUCUACGCAUCGCGAGGUGCCAAUGUAGUGGUGAACGACUUCAACCAAGCUGCCGCACAGAAGGUUGUUGAUGAAAUCACGAGUGCUGGUGGCAAGGGCGUGGUUAACACUGCGUCUGUGGCGGAUGGUGCUGCUGUCAUUAAGACUGCAGUCGACACCUUCGGAGGGGUGACUAUCCUAAUAAACAAUGCGGGUAUCCUCCGCGACAAGGGCUUCAAGAACAUGACAGACCAGGAAUGGGACCAAAUCCAGCUGGUUCAUUUGAAAGGUUCAUUCUCGUGUAGCAGGGCGGCUUGGCCUAUUUUCUGUAAGCAAGGUUUCGGACGAAUUAUCAAUACAGCCAGUGCUGCAGGGAUUUAUGGCAACUUCGGCCAGGCGAACUACAGCGCCGCAAAGAUGGGUCUCAUUGCAUUCACUAAGACGCUUGCGCUGGAGGGUGCCAGACAUGGGAUUAAGGCCACUGUUAUUGCACCGAUGGCAGCCUCCGCUAUGACUGAGACGAUCAUGCCUCCAGAGAUGCUCGCGAAUCUCAAGCCCGCAUUCGUCGCGCCUUUCGUGGCAGCUGUUACCCAUCCCGACGGUAUAGACGCUUCGGGCAGAAUAUUUGAGGUCGGCGCUGGAUUCAUAGCAGAAGUACGGUGGGAGCGGAGCAAAGGUGCCGUCCUCAAGACGGACGCAACCUUUACGCCGUCCGCUGUAGAAGCGAAGUGGGAGCAAAUCACGGACUUCGAUUCAGAACCUCAGCACCCGACGACUGUCCCGGACUUCGACCCAGUGACUAUCGUCGAAGCCGGCAAGAAGGCCCCUACGAACGAUCAGGGCUCACCCGUUCGCUUUGAUGGCAAGACUGUCAUUAUCACCGGCUCUGGUGCAGGCCUCGGGCGGGCAUACGCGCAUGCGUUUGCUAAACUCGGUGCCAACGUCGUUGUGAAUGAUGUGAGCGAGAAGGCCGCACAGACUGUCGUGAAGGAAAUCACUGGCGAUGAUGAUAUGGACAGCGGUGGAAAGGCGGUUGCAGCUGUCGUCUCAGCAGAGAAUGGGGAUGCGAUUGUGAAGACGGCGCUGGACGCGUUUGGCGGCGUGCAUAUCCUCAUCGCAAAUGCGGGAGUUGUGCGUCCAAACGCGUUCGGAUCCAUGACAGACAAGGAGUGGGACGAAGUCAUUGCUGUCCAUCUGCGGCAAGUCUUCCCCUAUGGCGUUCGUGUGUCUAGCCUGACAACCUCCGAUAGAUCGGCCUUCAAGUGCGCCAAAGCUGUCUGGCCAAUCUUCCAGAAACAGAAGUAUGGUCGUAUCGUGACUACCAGCUCACAAGCUGGGGUUUACGGGCUGCCUGGCUUUGCCAACUACGCUACUGCCAAAGCGGCGACCAUCAGCCUUACACGUACGCUUGCGAUCGAAGGCAGGAAGUACAACAUCCUCGCGAACACCAUCGUCCCCUCUGCGGGCGCUCUGGUUGGCCUUGGCCGUCCCGGCAGUAACACAGAUGCCAUCAAGGAAGAGUACAUCGCGCCACUCGUGGGCUUCUUGUCGAGCGAGGCGAACGAGGAAACGACGGGCGGGCUGUUCCAGAUCGCCGCGGGGUGGAUCGCACAACUUCGGUGGCAGCGUACUGGGGGAUAUGGCUUCCCUGUGAACAAGCCGCUCACCCCGGAGGCUAUUAUCGCAAAGUGGAAAGUCAUCACUGAUUUCGAUGAUGGUAGGGCGACGAACCCGGGGACGACGCAGGAGGCAUUCAUGCAGAUUGCGGAGAACUUCGGUAACGAGUCUGAGGAUAGCGGGAGGGCAGUGGCUCGAGCAGUCCUGGAGGCAAAGAAGAGCGUGGAAGACCCUCUUGAGUAUAGCUACUCCGAGCGGGACGUAAUCCUGUACAACCUCGGUGUCGGUGCGACAGAGCAGGAGCUGCAGUGGUCGUUCGAGGGCGACGAAGACUUCGCAGUCAUCCCCACCUUUGGCGUCAUUCCGCAGUUUGCUGCGAGUGGCGGUAUCGCUCUGGACUGGCUGCCAAAUUACAACCCCGCAAAGUUGCUGCACGGUGAACAAUACUUGGCCAUCAAGGGACCAAUCCCGACUAGCGCGACAUUCGUGAACGAAGCGCGGUUGAUGGAAGUCUUGGACAAGGGCAAGGCAGCAGCGGUAACUUCUAUAACCGAAACCAAGGACAAGGCGACCGGCAAGGUGAUCUUCGAGAACCAGUCGACCGUUUUCAUUCGAGGUGCAGGAGGUUUUGGCGGGAGACGGACAGGCAAGGACCGCGGUGCGGCGUCGGCAGCCAACACGCCGCCGCAACGCAAGCCCGAUGCUGUCCUUGAGGAAAAGACGCUGCCGAUACAGGCGGCAUUGUAUCGUCUCAGCGGAGAUUACAACCCCCUCCAUAUACAACCUGAGUUCGCCGCUAUCGGUGGCUUCGACAAGCCGAUCCUUCACGGGCUAUGCUCCUUCGGUAUCUCCGGAAAGCAUAUCCUGAAGGCGUUUGGCCCAUACAGUGACAUCAAGGUGCGCUUUGCCGGCGUUGUCUUCCCUGGCGAGACCCUCGUCACGGAAAUGUGGAAAGAGGGCGGCAAGGUCGUUUUCACUACGAAGGUGAAGGAGCGCAACGCUGUCGUCCUUGCUGCGGCCGCAGCCACCUUGGUAGACCAGGGAGCGCCGAAGGCGAAGCUCUGA